AUGACGGAAAAACAGUAUGGUUUAAUACUGAAAGACAAACCUAAGGGACAACUAUCUUUUCAAUCUUCUCGAAAUGUGUUUGGGUCAGAUUCAGACUCAGGAGAUGAGAAACAAAAAGCCCCAUUGUUAUUGAAGCCAAGCAGUAAUGUUAAUAGACAGGCAAAAAUAACUCAAGAAAAAGCCCUAGUAGAAGAUCCCACAGUAUACCAAUAUGAUGAAAUUUAUGAUUCCAUGAUUAAAGAAAAGGAAGCCAAAAAAGAGAAAACAACUGUAGAUAAGAAACCUAAAUAUAUAGAGAACUUAAUAAAAUCCUCUAAUAAAAGGAAAUUAGAAAAUGAAAGAAGGAUUGAACGUCAGAUUCAAAAAGAAAGAGAAAAGGAAGGUGAGGAAUUUGCUGACAAAGAAGUGUUUGUAACAUCAGCUUACAAAAAGAAACUUGAAGAAAUGAGAAUAGAGGAAGAGAAAGAAAAAUAUGAAGAAUAUUUAGAGUCCAUAGGAGAUGUAACAAAACAACAAGAUUUAGGAGGAUUUUAUAGACAUUUAUAUGAACAAAAAUUGGGUUCUAAAAAGUUACCAGAAACUGAUAAAAAGAAUGAAUCAGUGAAAGAUGAAAGUCCAGAGCCAAAUACUACAGAAUUUACGAAGACUAGUAAUAAAGAUGACAGAAAAGCUAAAGAAAACAAACAAAGAAAUUAUAGAAAAAGGAAAGCCUCACAUGAUAAACUAUCUGAAGGCGAGAUUGAGGAUUCUGACGGAGAAAUUAACCAUUGUAACCUCGAUGAAAUCAGAACAUUAAAGAAAUCCAAACAAGCUGAAAAUAUUGAUGCAGAUUCUGACUUUUCAAUAGAUGAUUCCAGUGAUGAGGAAAGUAAUAAAGAAGUUCCGCUACCACAAAAAGCAGAAGUUGAAAAAACAGAAAAUGAUUCUAAAAAGCUAGAAGUUAAAACACCACCAAUAAAUAAUGACAUACCUAAAAAAGAAAUUGAAAAACCUAAAGAAAAAAUAGACAUAUGGAAAAAGAGAACUGUUGGAGAAGUCUUUGAACAGGCAUUAAAGAGAUAUUAUGAAAGAAAAGCCGCAAGAGGAUCUCAUUAA